AUGAAGCCCGUUGUGUCGGCGUUUAACGCUUGGAGCUGCGUUGUCAUCUCCUUCUUCGCCAUGAUCAUUCUCUCAAUUCUUGGAUCGCUAUUCAAGAGCAACAAUCACGCAUAUACCGGAUCGACAGAAGACCCCGAGAAUGGCCCCGCGGUUGCCGCCUCGAUUUUCACAGCAGUGAUUGUCUACGCUGCCUUUUUCGUCUUUUGUGCCUUCCAGGCUUAUCUACACAUGAGAGGCAGCAGGGGAGGAGCCAUAUCACUCAGCUAA